CCGGGAUGUUUUGGUGAUGUGGCUUAGCUUGGACAUUCUGGAGACGGAAUCUGUGGAAUAAAACAGCAACCUGUUCACGGAGUUCUAACAAAGGGUCACCAUGUUCAGCCGUCUGGCCCAGGGGGUGAACUCCGUCCUGCAGGAACUUUCGGGAGAGGAACCCCCAGACGCACCCCCAGGGGAGGAGGGCCUGGUUCCCCAGCCACUGCCUGAUGGGGAUGGGGACGAGGCUGGGUCCGAGGCCCGGGCGUCCUCACUGGAGCCUGGGGUGGGUGCGGACGAGGAGACCCUGGAGAGGCUGGCCCAGACCGAACAGCUGGUGGUCCGGCUGAAGGAGAUGAUCAGGGAGAAGGACAAUCAGCUGGCACAUGCAGAGAGACAAAUGAAGGAAGAGAAGGAGACGGGCGACGCACGAUUCACAAAGCUGAAACUACAGGCCAAAGCCAAGAUGGCCGCCUUGAACAAACAGAUCAGCGAGCUGAAAGGACAGGAGGGGCACAACGUCAGCCAGAGUUCAGAGGGGUCCUUCUCAGCAGCGCCAGGCGUGGAAGAGGAGCUCCAGCAGCUGAAAGCCAAGCUCCAGGAAGAGGAGACGGCCUCGAGGACCCUUCAGGAGAGGCUUGAGGCGUCCACACAGCUCCUGACUGAAAAGGAGCAGGGCCACGCUGAACAGGUGCAUCGGCUGCAGGCGGUGAUUAUGGAGAAGGACGUGCGCUUCCAGGAGCAGAUUCAGAAGCACGAGGACGAGCUACUCAGGGUGUCUGCACAGGGCCCAGUGGACCCAGACAUGCAGCAGGCUCUGCGUGCGUCCCAGAGGCGCGUGGAGGAGCUGGAGGAGUCUCUGCACUCUCGUCAGCAAGUUCUGGAGAUGCUGCAGCAGGAACUCAACAGCGCUGACCAGCAGAAACAGAUCUUAACGGCGCAGUUCCGUGAGAUGGAGCAGCAGCUGGCCUCCACGGCCAGGCAGAGGGAGCAGGAGCAUCAGCAGUGGCUGGCCCAGGCAGCCCAGAGCCAGGCCGAGCUGGAGGCCAUGAGGGCCCGCCUGGAGGAGGCCUCCUCCGAGAAGCAGAGAGUGGAGGAGGCCGCGAUGGCCAGGAUGGCGAACGAGGCCCAGAGUCAGACCGAGCUGAGAGCCCUGAGGGCCAGCCUGCUGGAGGUCUCCUCCGAGAGGCAGAGAGAGGAGGUGGCCAACGAGGCACAGACCCUGGCCGAGGUGGAGGACUUGAGGGCUAGACUUGAAGCCUCCGAGAGGCAGAGAGAGGAGACUGCAGCCAGGAUUGAGAGUCAGGCACAGACCCUGGCGGAGAUAGAAGCCCUGAGGGCUAGACUUGAAGCCUCCGAGAGGCAGAGAGAACAGGCCAUGGCGACGAUCGAGAGCGAGGCACUGACUCAGACAGAAAUCGCCUCGUUGAGGGCCAGUCUAGAGACUGCGGAGAGGGAAAGGGACGAAGCCGUCAAGAGGCUCGAGACCGAGGCGCAGACUCAGGGAGAGCCGGAGGCCAGCCAGGACCGGACCCAGGCAGAGCACAAAGACACCGAGAUGCUGGAGCUACGAGAGCGCCUGGCAGUCGCGGAGAGGCAGCUCGAGGAGGGAGCGAGACGAGGAGGAGAGGAGGUGCAGAGACUGGAGCAGGAGCUGUCCGAGCUGAGGAGGAGCCUGGCCGAGGGAGGCGCCCGAGGGGAGGAGACGCAGAGCGAAGGGGCUCGACUCAAGGACACUCUGGGGGAGCUGUGGAGGCGGCUGCACACCCUGACCAGUGACAACACCACCACCACCUCCUCCUCCCCUGGGCCUGUGGAAGGGACUGGGGACGAUCAUAAGGAGACGCAGGGGCCAAUGCGAGAAGAGCGGGUAGAUCCCGCGGUGUCAUCAGUGCCAUCGGUGGCAGCAGCGGUGGUGGGCAUCCCCAGUGACCCAGCAGAGUGCCUGGCAGCCCUACAGGCCCUGGAGGGCAUGAUGGGUAAACUGAGGGCCGAGCGGGAGGAGAGGGAGGCGCAGCUGGCACAGGUCUCCACCAGCAUGGCGUCUCUCAGAGGACAACUUGAUAAAAAUACAACAGAAAGGGAAGAAGCUAUCGCCAGAAUACAGGAUCUGGAGCACCAAAUCAACAGUAAUCAGGUCGCCGGUGAUUCAGCAGCCGGUCACAUGACUGUGCUGUCCCAGGGGGAUUUGCUUAGGGCGGCGGACACAGCACAAGGACACGGAGAGUUUACUAAUCUACAAUCAAACAUCCUGGCCUUGGAGCAACAGCUGCAGGAGAAAGAGCACGAACUGGUUUUCCUCAAGGAGCAGCUCGCCAUCUCAAGCCAGCAGCAAAAGACAACAGCCUACCACCAGGAACCUGGUGUUGACCAGAACUAUGGGCCCAUGUCCCUUAUGCAAGAAGACCCCUCCACUGCCACUAUGCCUGACCUCCUUGACACCACAGGGGAAGAGGAGACCACGUUGGUGGCAGACGAGUCCUCCAUUAUGUACACCUCAGCUGACAACGGGAGCAGUCCCGAGCUCUUGCAGCCUCAGUCCGAUUCCCCGGGCGAGUCCAACAAGGGGGCCUCGUCGUCAGACGAGAUGGUCAACAGCAGCGACUCGGAGGUCGCGCACAGCAGCUGGACUCUGUUGGAGGCUGUGAACCAGGACAAUGGGCAGGAGUGGCCCUCGGUGAUGCAGCAAGACCUGAGCCAGCUUCACUUACAGGCUUGGGAGGAAACGGCGGAGCGUGACCGAUCCUCCAUAGUGCAGGUGGAGUCGUCAUCCGUCGUCAUUCGAGAAACCAUACAGGUGAACAUGAGUCAACAGCAGAUUGGCUCUUUUGUGGACUCUGAGGCCGCCGGUGCCGGCCAAGCCUUUGCACAAGCCCUGGCCGAGGAGCUUCAAAAGAAGUACAGCGAACUGCUAGCUGAGCUGGAGCGACUCAGGGCGUCAGCGUCUGAAUCCGAAGCCAAGGCCCAGGGACUUGAAGUGCAUCUCCAGUCCCUCACAGCCAGCAAAGAGGAGGCCGAGACCAAGUCUGUGAGCUAUGAGGAGGAGCUGAAGGCAGUUAGGACUGAGAUGGAGACACUGGCUGAGCAAAGGGAGGAAGCAAUGAAGGUUCUGGAACAACAGCUGGCUAGUUUGGAAUCAGAAUCCCGAACCAAAGAGCAAAAGGUCCUGAGUCUGCAGGCAGACCUGGAUCAGGCACAGCGUUCCCUCGCCGAGCAAGAGGGUCAGGCCAGGAUGCUGAGCUCCCAGCUGGAGGACAGAGAGCUAGGUGUCACAGAGCUGGAGCAGAGGCUGAGGGAGGCAGAAGCGAAGCUGUUGGACAUAAGCCAGGCCGAGGAGCUCGCCGAAACCUCCCUUUGCGAGAAGACCGCAGAGAUUGAGGAAUUGCAGCUGCGGCUGUCCGAGAAAGAGCAAGAGAUGGUGGAACUGAACGACAGCAUGAGCACCAAACUGCAACAAGCCGGCGAAGAGACUUUCCAGGCCUCCAACGAGGUGAAGAAGCUGAAGCAGCACAUUUUGGAGAUGGAGAGCAUGUCUGGUGAGCAGAGGAAAGACGAAGGCGAGGACCUAUCUAGCAGCCAUGGCAGUGAGGAGCUUGCAGGCCUGCGAAAACAGAAAGAGGACUUGGAGCAGCAGAUGGCAACCAUGAAAAAGGACGGGGACCUCACAAAGAGGAAGCUUCAGGCUGCGUUGGUGCAACGCAAGGAGCUAAUGAAGAAGGUGGCUGCUUUUGAAGCCAAAGCAGCAGAAAAGGGCAGUGAGCAAGGACAAGCAGCAGAACAGGAAACGGCUGUCUCUUCAACCGAAGAGAUCAGGGAGAAGGAGGAAGAGAUCCGCAGAUUGGGAGCCUUACUGGAUGAGGCCAGAGAAACUUUAAGGGGAAAACAAGAGACAAUGGAUAAGCUUGAACUUCAAAUAUCAGACCAGGAGAAAAUCUUGACAGAGGCACGUGCUGAAAAUGAGAGAUUGACGGAGGAGUUUAACCUUAUGAGCCAAAGUAAAGGACAGGCACUGCAUGAUGAGGAAGAGACGGCGAUUCUGACAAACAAAGUAGGGGCCUUAGAAUCCGAGAAUGAGAGGCUUCAGAAAAAGGUUCAUGAUUCUGAGGAGUCACGUAAGGAUACCAUCCGCAAAGCUAAAGAGAAGGACAGACACCACCGUGAACAGCUAAAACAACAACGGGAGGAACACAGCAUGUUGGUGCAGCAAUUUGAGGCUCAGAGUGGACAGCUUGGCGAGUUGCUCGAUCGUCUGAAAGAGCUUGAAGACCUGCAGAUGCUGAGAGCGGAUGGAGAGGCAGUACAACAGACAAAAGCUGCAGAGAAACCUGAAGAGAAGCCAGAGAAAUCAGAACCUAGUGGCUGGGUCCAGGACGACUGGGUUGACUUUGCUGCCCCUGAGACUGAGCCACAGCAGAAGGGAGAGGCCGAGGAUAAGCAGACAGCUCAAAUGCCGACACCAGCCGUAACAAGCAGUGGAGACGAGGUUGCUCUCAGAACUCUCCGGGAGGAAAUUGAAGUCGAGAGAGCUGCUCGGGCCGAAUUGGAAGGCUGCCUAAACGAGACCCAGAACUCCCUGUCCUGCAGAGAUGCUGAGAUUCUUGAGCUGGGCAAAGAGUUGCAGGCCCUGAAGGAAAAAGACAAGCAGAUUGACUUGCUUUCCAAUGAGCUAGAAGCCCUGAAGGAGAAGUGUGUGCAGGCUGAGGCACAUGCUAAAAUGUUGAAAAGGGAGGUAGAAGAGGCAACAGUUGCAGCGAAAGCAAGCUCUGAUUCUGUCUCUCCUAUUUCCUUGCUGCAAGCUGAGGUGGACGAGUUUAAGCAGUUCCUGAAUGACAAAAAUGACGAAAUCUUGAAUCUGAGCCAGCAGCUGUCUGAACAGAAUACUUUGCUGCAGAAGAUGCAAGAGACUGUGUCUGAGAAGGAUCACAGAAUUACAUCUCUCCAAGAAAGCUUACAAGCAGAACAGGAGAAAAGUCAACGGUUGGAGGCAGAGAUCCCCUUGAAACAAGCAGAGGAAAAAGAUGGCAGUGCUAAACUCCAGCAGAUGCAGCGAAAGCUUCAAGCCGCUCUCAUUUCUCGAAAGGAGGCUUUGAAAGUGAACUCUACUCUAAAGGAAGAGCAUGCUGCCGCAGAGAAGACUGUUGCAGAGCUUCAAAAGAAGCUUGAGGAUGGUGAGGCGGACCUCAGCAAGCUGAGAGCAGAAAGGGAGAAGCUUAUCACAGAGGUAGAUCGAAGCUUAGUAGAGAACCAGAGUCUGGGAGCCUCAUGUGAAAGCCUGAAGCUAGCCAUGGAAAGCUUGCUGAGUGAAAAGGAAUCUUGCAGACAACAGGCUGAGUUGGCCAAAGAGGAAGCUGCGAGAGCCUCCCGUGAAUGGGAGGAAAAGGUGCAGGGCAUGAAAGAUGAGUACGAGACCCUGCUGAAAUCGUACGAGAAUGUGAGUGAUGAGGCUGAACGAGUGAGGCGCGUUCUUGAGGCUGCUCGCCAGGAGAGACAAGAGCUGGCAGCUAAGGCCCGCGCUCAUGAAUCGGCUCGAAAGGAAGCUGAGAAGCUGGCAGAGGAAGCCCAGAAAGAGGUGGAUGCUGUGAAAGACAAAAUGAGGAAGUUUGCAAAGACUAAGCAGCAGAAAAUUUUGGAGCUUGAAGAGGAGAAUGAACGACUCAGGGAACAAGACGAAAGAGGUGGAGGGAUUAGAAGGGAUGACAGGGAGGUGAAACAGGAACGUCAGAGAGUAAAGAAGGAAUUGGAAACCCUCAGAGUUCAGUUGGACUCUGCAAAAAGCGAUCGAGAUUCAUUAGAACAGCAGGCAGCUGAGCUGAAACAGCAGUUGAGUUUAGAAAAAGAGAGGGUACUAUCUGAGACAGCCUCAUCAAGCACAAGCGUAGCUGUGGAGGAGGUCCUAGUAGCACAAGAAUCAAGUGUUGUGCACACUGAGAGGGCUCAAGAUGAUGUUGAUAGUCUGCCUCAGUCUACCACAGAUGCUGUUGAGCAGGAAGAGGCACCAAUGGAAAGGGAACAAUCUGAAAUUCUUGAAACAGAAUCAGUAGAAUCACCACAACUUGUGGAACUUGUGGAAUCAGCAGAAUCACCAGAAGAUAGACCAAAGAAUGAGGAGGUUGAAAGUUCUCAGGAACAAACACAGGAGAAAAUUAGGGAGUUGGAGGUUUCUCUCCAAACAGCACAGUCAUCUGUGAACGAGCUUGAAGCAGCGCUCGAGGCAGAAAGACAAUCUAGAGUAGAACAGGAGGCAGAGAUGAAAUCGCAAUUGUCCUCCCUUGAGCAGCAGCUUGAGGAGGCUAAUGGGAAGGAUGACCUGCUCACAGAAGAAAUCUCCAAGAGGGAAACGCAAUUGAAAGAACUUCGCACUGCCCUGGAAGCCGAGAAAGACGACCUUGAAGAGCGUCUGAUGAACCAGCUGGCCCAGCUUAACGGCAGCAUCGCCGGCUACCAACAAGAGGCAGCCGACAGCAGGGAUCGGCUGGCAGACCUCCAGAGAGACGUGGAGAGGCUGCAGCACAAGCGGGCCGAGCUGGAGGUCGUGGUGGAGGGCGAGAAGGACCGAGCCUGCCGACUGGAGGAGGACAAGCGGCAGGCGCAGCGGGAGAGAGCCGAGGCGGAGGCCGAGGCGGGGAAGCAAAGGGAGCUGGAGCAGAAGCUGAAAUCCGCCCAGAGGGUGAAGGAAGGGAGCCAGAGCCGAGCCAAACAGCUAGAGGAGCUGCUGAGGGAGAAACAACUGGAGGUGAGGCAGAUGCAGAAAGACUGCAUACAGUACCAGGAGAGGAUAAGCGAGCUCGGCAAGGACACCAAAGCACUACUGCUGAACAAAGAUGAGCUCAAAGUGCAGCUGGAGGCUUCUCAUCAGAGGGCCUCAGAAGUGCUCGAGGAGAAGACCAAGACAGAGCAAGAGCUGUCUGAAUGCAAAGUGACGCUGGAAGAGACGCGGAAAGCGGCCAGUCAGGCGCAAGAGGAGGCGGCACUCUUGAAGGAGAACGCGCUCAAACGUGAGGCCGAGAUCAGAGCCGAGGCAGAAGAAACCUUAGAUGAAGUGAGGUACCGCCUGGGCGCGGAGAUGAAACACAUCGAGCUCCGACUGGAGGACUCAUACAGGGAGCGAGACAGGGACGAAGAGGUGAUUCGAGAGGUGCGACGAACUUCCGAGGUGGCCAGGAAAGAAGCUCAAGAUAUGCAGGCCAGACUAGACGAGUCUCUGGCGAGGCUGGCGGCAUUCUCUCGCUCCAUGUCCUCUCUGCAAGACGACAGAGACAGAGUGCUGGAUGAGGCUAAGCAGUGGGAGAACCGCUUCCACAGCGCCCUCCAAGGCAAGGAGGCGGAAGUGCAGCAAGCAGAGAAGAAGGCCCUUGACCUCAGUGAACAGCUACAGAGAGAAACGACACAAAAGGAGGAACUACAGGCAUCACUAGAAAGAUUACAGAAAGCCGAAGCAGAGUGGCAGGCCAAGUGGGACGAGGUGGAAAAGAAACACGGCGAGAGCGUCUCUUCUCUGGAGAAGGAGCGAGUGGACCUGAAGGAGUCCCUAGCCCAGACCGAGAGCUCCCUGGCCCAGGCCAGCUCCCAGCUCUCCGCCAUGGAGACCGAGGCGGAGGGUCACCGCAACAGGACCAGCGCCCUGGAGGAGGCAGUCGGGAAGCUGCAGGGGGAGCUGAACGAGGCCCGUGCUGAGCUGAGGGAGCGCGAGGCGGAGGAGCGGAGGCUGGGGCUGAGCCUGGAACAGCUAGAGACCGACCUGAGGUCCUCCAAGAACCUGACCGAGACCCUGCAGGCUGAGCUGAGCGAGAAGGAGAAACGGGAGAUGGAGCUCCUGGGAGAGCAGGAACAGGCAGUCACAUCGGCUGUGGAGGAGGCCAGGAGGGAGGCGGACGGCCGAGCGGAGACGGCGGAGAAGGAGCUGGAGGAGAGGAGAGAGGAGGUGCGAGGCCUGAAGGAGAGGCUCCAGAAGGCGGAGGAGGACAGCAAGCAGAGCAAGGCGCGCCUGGAGGCCUUCACCAAGGCCAUGGGCUCCCUGCAGGACGACCGCGACCGCGUCCUCAUCCAGUAUAAGCAACUGGAGGAGCGCCACCUGCAGGUGAUGAUGGAGAAGGACGGGCUGAUCCAGGAGGCGGCGGGGGAGAAUAACGGCCUGAAGGAGGAGCUGCGCUUGCUCCUGGUCCAGCGUGACGACCUCCACGCCGAGAAGGCCAAGCUAGCAUCACAGCUGCACAACUACCGAGAGGAGCUCAACCAGGUGCUGGGCCUGAAGGAGUCCCAGCAUCGGCAGCAGCUGGCUGGGCUGAGGGAGCAGGCGGCCUCCCUGGAGCGGGAGAAGAGGCAGCUGGAGGCAGUGGUCAGGGACCUGGGCAGCCGACAGCAAGGUGGAGAGGUGGUAGAGGGGAUGGUGGAGGAGGGAAGAGUGGUUGCCGUGGAGCGAGACAUGCUGAGUCGGGCGGCUGCAGGAACACCAGGCAGCGACGACGGCGCUGGACCAGUGGAGGCGGUCGGCAUGGCGACGCACGAUGCUCCCGGCGCAGAGGUUGAGAAGCUGAGGGAGCAGCUGGUGAUGGCCAGGGCCCGGGUGGAGGAGCUGGAGGAGGCACUGGAGACCGAGAGGGAGGCCACCACCGCAGACAACAAGGAGCUCAAGUCGCUGCGCUGGGAGGGCGGCGUGCUGCGCACGGAGGCGGAGACGGCUGAGGAGCGGGUGGCGGAACUGGCCCGGGACCUCCUGACGCUGGAGCAGAAGCUUCUGGAAGAGCGCGAGGCCGCGGCCAGCCUCCGCGCCCAGAACGAGGCCUUUGGGAAGUCCAUGAGCUCGCUACAGGACGCCAGGGACGCGGCCGUCACAGACGCCAAGGAGCUGCGCAGGAAGGUGGAGGAGAUGGAGAAGGCAUCAUCGACGGCAGCAGCGGCAGCACAGAGAUCACCAGCGCCAUCUAGUGCCUCCACUGGGGAAGUGUGGAGCCUGAAGAACGCGCUCUCUGCCCUGCAAAACGAAAGGGAAAGACUGCUGGAGCACUUCCACAAGCAGGAGGCGGAGCUGUCGGUGCUGCGCUCGGGCGACGUUGCCAAGGUGAUCCAGGAGCUGGCGGAGGAGAGGAAGAGGGCUGGCCAGCGUGUGGAGAGCAUGGCCAAGGAGAUGAAGGAGAAGGAUGCUCACCACGACACAGCCAGGAGGGAACUGGAGAUGCUGAGGCUGGAGCGUGUGGACUGGCAGGCCCAGGCGGAGGUGUUGAAGCAGCAGACGCUGGCCACCCUCUCAGACCGAGACCAGCAGCUGAGGCAGCUCACACACGCACUGGAGGAGGCCCGCGCACACCAUCCCAAAAUCACACAGGAGGAGAAUCGUGAAGACAGCGCCCCCGGGGCCCCUCAGGAGAAGAGUGAGAACUACAGGGCAGAGCUGCAGGAGCUUCAGCGCAGGCUGGAGGAGGAGCUGGAGCAGAGGGGAGUGGUGGAGACACAGCUCGUGGCUGCUCAGGAUCGCCUCAAAAGCUAUGCACAGAAUGAAUGGCAGUCGACACCAGAGACCAGAUUCUCUGAGACAGCCGUCCUCAUUGAGCCACCAGAGGGAGCCAUAACAAGGGGUCGGAGUGGUGGUCCGGGCAUAUUGCGGAUGCUGAGAGCCGGCUUCUGCUCGCGCCAGCGCACCCCUCUGCUGGUCUCCCUCUACCUGCUCACAGUGCACGUGCUGCUCAUCAUGUGCCUGGGCGGCUACCUGUGAGAUCGCCACCUAGCGGGCUGGAGGCGAUGGUGGAUGCGCCCAUAGACAUGGACACUAUAUAUGUACAGUAUAUACAGUAUGUCUAUGCAUGCACUGCUUCUCAUGCCUGUAGAGGUGCUUACAUGAGCGACAGCGCCUCCUGGGGGGGGGCUGAUGAUGGAUGCACAUGCUGCACUUCACUUCAGAAUAUUGAAACAACGCCAUCUAGGGGCCUGAUGGUGCAACUGCUACUCCCUAUGGGUUAAGGGUGAAUGGUAUGCUCAUACUCUUGAUAUGAACACUAGGUGGCGUGUUCCGCCCAUUGGCAUGGCCCAACCCUGGGCGCUGUCAUCUUGGGCUGGUAUAUUGAUAUAUUUCAUAGAUGUUACUGCCACCUACAGGAUACUCCGUGUAUUGCAUUGAUCGCCGAUCACUGGCAGCAAUAUACCAGGUAAAAAUGUGGGCGAUCUAACUUGAGGCAUUCGUUCUAAUUAAAAAGAGGGGAAGGGCAUUCGUUGUAAUAAAGGAGGGGAAGGAUAUCUAGUGUUCUUUUGAGAGGGCCAACCCUAUGGGCUUCAGAGAGAUGAACAAAACUCCAGCGAAACCUCAGAAAACAUACUUCCACAGUUGCAGUAUAAAAUACACGAAUACAACUAGAUUCAGAAUUCCAAGUUUAAACCAGAAAAUGACGGUUAAAACACAUUGUAUACCCGCAUGUAUAUUGGUAUUGGCCAUUUUCUAGACUUAAGGUCAUGACAUAGUCAGAAAAUACUUAUUGCACUGUCUCAAAAUUUCU